AUGCUCAAGCCCAAGGACCUGUGCCCCCGCGCGGGCACGCGCACCUUCCUGGAGGCCAUGCAGGCGGGCAAGCUGCACCUGGCGCGCUUCGUGCUGGACGCGCUGGACCGCAGCAUCAUCGACGGGCGCGCCGAGCAGGGCCGCACGCCGCUCAUGGAGGCCGUGGCGCUGCCGGACCCGGCGCUGCGCGGCCGCUUCGUGCGGCUGCUGCUGGAGCAGGGCGCGGCGGUGAACCUGCGCGACGAGCGCGGCCGCACGGCGCUGAGCCUGGCGUGCGAGCGCGGCCACCUGGACGCCGUGCAGCUGCUGGUGCAGUUCAGCGGCGACCCCGAGGCGGCCGACGCGGCGGGCAACAGCCCGGUCAUGUGGGCGGCGGCCUGCGGCCACGGCGCGGUGCUCGAGUUCCUGGUGCGCUCCUUCCGCCGCCUGGGGCUGCGCCUCGACCGCACCAACCGCGCCGGCCUCACGGCGCUGCAGCUGGCCGCCGCGCGGGGCCACGGCCGCUGCGUGCAGGCGCUCACCGGGCCCUGGGGCCGCGCGGCCGCCGCGGCCGCCGCCAGGGCCGCGCCGCGCGCCGACAGCCCGCCCGGCCCGGGGCCCCGCAGCCCCGAGCGCCGGCGGCCGAGCCCGCGCCGCCUGCCCCGGCCGCUGCUGGCCAGGUUCGCGCGCGCGGCGGGCGGCGGCGGCGGCCACGGCCACGACGGCGCCCACGACCGCGCCCACGGCCACGACGGCGCCCACGGCCCCGGCCCCGGCCACGGCCGGCCCCGGCCGCAGGGCGGCGAGCGCCCCGAGCUGGGCCGCAGCCUCAGCCUGGCCCUGGGCUCCGUGACCGAGCAGGAGGCGGCCCGGCUGCGCGCCGAGGCCCUGCGGGCGCCCCCGGACUCGCCCGGCGCCCGGGCCCCGGCCGCCGGCUCCUGCGCCGCCGCCGCCUCCUCCGGGCGCUGGCGCUCGCACCUGGGGCUCGAGGCUGCGCCCCCGGCCUUCGCGCCCGCGCCCCCCGCCGGGCUGAGCCCCCACCCCGACGGAGCCGCGGGCUGUGGCCGGCUGGGCCUGCGCCGACGCUCCACCGCGCCGGACAUCCCCAGCCUGGUCGGGGAGGCGACGGGCGCCCGGAGCGGCCCCGAGGCGGAGGCGGCGGCCGACGCGCUGCCGCUGCCACCCGUCUCCGGCCCCGUGGCGCCCGGGCCUCAGCCCCAGGCCUGGCGGGAGGGCCCGGAGGAGGCCGUGGCGCUGCGUGCUCAGCAGUAA